AUUUGUAGUGUCGGUCACUCCGGGUAAAUCUAUUCUAGCCUAGAUUCUUGUUAGCGCAAUAGCUACGGCUUGAAGCCCAAAAUCAUAGGAGAGUUUGAAAGUGGCCUGAAUCAUGAGUAAGGUAGGUAUGCAACUAAAAGCGGGCUCACUUUAUGCAUAACACAUUUCUUAAUUUAGGGUUGAGCAAUUAAUCUUGAUUUCAGUAGAUAAUGGACGACUAUUGUCGAUAUAACAUAGAUUGAAUAAAUACCGACGCCCAUUUGAGAUGCUUCAAACGAAACAGUUGCUAAUUAUCUCAACCAUUACAAGCGCUGUACAACAAGUGAUAAUUCUCAUCGACUGAUAAGCAACUUGUUGCCUUCAGAUUGGAGCAUUUAUGGUAUAGAAUUUCUAGACAUACCGUUUGUUUACAGUUACAGCGACUUUCACUAUCGGUGAAAUCUUAUCGCUGAUCAUUUCAAAGUCACACCAAGGCGAGAUCAUAACGAAAUCCCAUGGAAAUACAUAGAGGUACUUAUAUGUGAAACAUGCAGCCUUGGUAGAGGUUUCUAAUGUCUUCAGCAUCCAUCCAGCGUAUAGUUUGUUGUUUUUUUUUCUUUAAUUUCACUCGUGGAAGGUUAAAGCGAACUUAUGUCAACAACUUCGCUAUGCAAAUCAACCCCGCGUCGUGUAGAGUUAUUAUUGUUGAAGAACUUGAACCUAAUGACCUAGGAUUGGUCGUAGGUGCUCUUCAGUUGAUAUGGCCAAUUCAGAAAUUCUUGUUCGCCUGUUAUGUAGAAAAGCGAGUGAAAAAUUUACGUCCGUUAUAGUGUUUUCCAUUCUCUUUUGAAGCCGAGGACUGCUUCUUAGAAGUUUGUAUCAGAAAUCCACUAAACCUUGUAUAAUACGCAUCAUCUGAUUAAUAUAUUUAUAUCCAUAUAAUGGGCUAUAAACUCCAGCUGAGAUUAUUAGAGCUGCUGUCAAAUUAUUUUUUAUUUGAUAAGUUGGUUUUAUAAACCGCGUUGAUAAUGUGAAUGAGCCACAGUAAAGAGUUUUUUUAAGUUGACGUUUCGAGCUUCAGCCCUUCGUCAGGGGCCUUCAGCAUUCGCUUCGACGCUACCGCUCGAAACGUCAGGUUUAGAAACUCUUUACGGUGGCCAAUUUACUCAAUCAAUUUAGUUAAUAAAACCAAAUUAUAUUGUAUAUAUCUCUCACCGACGCAGCACCACAGUUUCUUUAGAAACUUGCCGCCUUGAUUUUUAUUUGGUAAUAAGGAUGAGACUGCGAUCUCGAUUUUCUGUACAAAGGAAAAUGUAUUUUUUUUAAGCGACAGUUUACAGCGCGCACGUCUGGUGAAACUAACUUUAGCGUCCGUAUAAAACUAAAAGGCAAAAUUCCUGUAAUGGUUUUAACGGUUUAACCCUUUACACUGUAACAUCAGUAUGUAAAUUCUCCUUACUGUUCUCUAUCCAUGCCAAGGAGCUUCCUUAGUGGGUGAUAAUUUCCUUUAUUCUCGUGAAUGUUUGAUUCAGGGGUGGUUUUGUAAGGAGCAAUUAGACGCUGGGCAAUCUAAAGGGGUCAUAGGGAUAGUUUUCUCUUGCUUAAGGUAAAUACGUUUGUUCCACUCAUUUAAAUCAGGGUCCAGCAUCCCGCUACCUGGAAAACAUCGCAUUGAAAGACGAGGUGGACAAAACCUCGCGUACUGUGGAAUCACAAGAGAGACAGAUUGAGGCCUUACAGAGUCAGAUUGGCGAAGUGGAUAAUCCAACUCUUUAUGGGAAGUCUAAGGUUGGUGCAGCUGUAACUCGCGUGGAAAUAUGCACGAUCAUAGAUCUUCUUUCAUUUGAAUGAUUGAAUUGAUUCAAUGAUUUUCAUGCCGGAGGACUCUUAACUCCUUUUAAGAGUCUUUUAAAUGUGAUCAAGUGUUUUGUGGACUUUAAAAGUUAGCCCCUAGAUAGAAAGACUAAAGCCGGCACAACCUGCUCCAAACCUUAUUGUCACCUACACGAACGCAUUUCCCUCAUCAAAAUAAUGGUUAGCAAUAAUGAUAAAAUAAUUCAUUUUUUUAUUAUCUUUGUGCUGAUGAAGCCCUACCCGGCGAAACGUUAACUACCAAAGUAUAUAAUAUUUGUGCCUUUCGAAGUCUAUAAUGUUUUUCUCAUAUACAUAUAUCAACCAAGCCAUGGUACCAUGCUUCAAUUCAAAUAUAUAUAGAUAUGUGACUCUACGGUUCUUCCAAUGAAUUCUCUGAAACCUAGAAACUUAUGGUUUGUUCCUUCAACUUUCCAGUAUCAUCCACCAGGAAAGGUAAUAAGACCAAAACAAAGCAACAAAUCACAGUUUAGGAAAAUCUACCUCCUUGUAUUUUCAAGUGCAGGAGCACGGGAUUAUAUAGUAAAUUAAAUGAAUCUCUUCCCACUUUCCGGUUGUUUUCCAGAAUCUAGUAAGGAAGAAAUGGAAAUCAGCAAUUUUCGUGAUACUGGUUAUAGCUGUGGCUGUGCUAAUAACAUUCGUGUAUGCCUCCCAAUCUCAAAGGUAGGAUGCUUGUAAAACACGUAAAGAACACAUGGUACAGAUACUCUCUACUCCUUCAUCAUCAUAAAUCUCCUAAAUAGCUGUGACUGGCGGGAACGGCAUGUUAGAUAUUUCUAAAGCCACUUCAAUCAAAUAGUGUUGCAAAUUUGGCAUACUUCCGAGCGAAUUAUGAAAAGGGAACCAUAGACAGUAAACAUCGAUUUCGAUUCACUUCUUAAUUCAUUACUAGGGAAAAAUUUGUUAAUGAAAGUCUCCUGAAGUAUAUAUAAACACCUAUACUGAGAUUAGAUGUGCAGCCAAGUAGUCCUUGUUGUGACGCGACUGUAGGUCGUCAGAAUUAGGCGAUUAAAGCUCUUUUAAUUACAUGAAAACUCUAUUUGCCUCCAGACUGGAGGAGAGAAUAGAAACAGGGAAAAUAAUUUAUUGGUCCAUUAAUUGCGGUCUGGGUGCGGAGGAUGGGAAUGCCCUAGAACUGUAGCUCCCUGCACGUACUUGGAGUGUCGUGUGCCAAAUUUACCGCUUUUGUUGCUGUUGUUCAAUUUAUAGUAACUCUUCUGGUCUGAGUGAAUCAUCUCAAUCGGCUCAGAGUAAGUCGCUCAAUUUACAGAUGCCGUUGGCACAAGGAAAAGACGGGAAAGCAUCUUUAGACUUCGGUAAGAACGUGAAUGGAAUAAAAGAAAACUUCGAAAGAGUGAAAACGUUUAUUCAACAAUUAAUCCCCGAAGAGGGCAUUAUUGUUGAAUAAUCAUUUAAGCAUAUGAAAAAAUGUACAUGUAAUUCAGUUGCGUGUUUAAAACUCCACGAGAUUCUAGGAACCCCUUAAACACAUAGUAAUGAAGAAGACUAAAAUUUGGAAAUUUUAAUUCUUACAAAAAGCAUUACCUUACUUUCAUCUACUCAAAUCCCAUAAAAUCUCUGUUGUCACAGAGAAUGAAUCUAAUUAAAUGAGCCAAAAAUUUAAAUUAGCUACUUGACUGGAAAAAGACAUUUGCGCUUGUUUUUCUUGCUCCUAAAAAUUGUUUACUGACCCCUCGAAGGUCCAAAUCUAUUCUUGGACAAGGAAAAGAUAGAAGCUACGAAAUGAUUCCCACAUAAUUACCUUAUCAUUGCACUUACCACAAUUCUUAUACCCAUAUUAGGAGUACGGCUAGACAAUCUGCUUCAAGAAUGCCAAAAUCCUCACUGGAAGCGAUCCUUUCCGGAUCUUGAUUACGCCCUCUUUGGCUAUGACGUUUUAAAGGGCUAUCCACUGGCAACAGGCCACGAUCCCGGCUUCACUCACCCAAUAUUCAUGACAGACUACACUUCUGCAAAGCAGACUUCUGACUGUCGUUACAGCGUCCCGGAAGGCUUGGUUAUUGUACCUGACGUGUCCUGUGAAACAUCGUUCUCUUCCAAACUUGUGCGGAACAGACUGGAGAUGUCCAAGUCUCUUGAGGCAUCUGCUAACAUUGAAGGUGGGUUUCAAAAAUACUAUUUUGUCUCUUGAUUUGUCCCUGACAAAGCUCGUUGCGAAAUGUUUUCAGUGUUUUCAGUUAUUCCGGUGCCAACAGACGACUAAAACUAAACCAAUGUUCUUCAUAUCAUAGGAGGUGGAUGGGGCUUUAAAUUUAGCGCAAGCGCAAGCUACAAAGAAUCUGUGGCACAAAUGUCGUCAGGAGAGUACCUGUACAUCAUUUCGCAGGCUCAGUGCCGUUAUUAUUUCAGCAAAAUGGACGAAACGGAUCCCCCUCCUUUUCAUCCAGGGUUUGUAAGCUGGGCAAAGAGACUAUCCAACUCAAACGGUAACAGUGAUGCAGUCUUUGAGUUCACCAAAUAUUACGGAACUCAUUACCUGUCAGAGGUUACGUUUGGAGCGCGAUUCAUGAAGAACCAUAAAAUGAGUCAAACAAAGUACUCAGAGCUCAGGAGCCAGAAAAUUAGUGUAGAAGCACAAGCUAGCUAUUCAGGGCUUUUCAGUGUUGGAGGGGGAUUUUCAAUGGACUCAGAGCAAAGAUCUGCUGUUCACAACUUUCAGAAGUCUGUGGAGACAAGCACAAUCACUGUAGGAGCAGCUCCCCCGAGCAACGGCGAUGCUAUGACGUGGGCUUCCUCUGUCCAAGAGAAUCCAGUUCCAAUAAAGUACACUCUAACGCCCAUCCAUAACCUGUUUACUGAGAGAUAUUCCAAGCAUCUUCCUGACGUCAACUUGGAUGUUGUGCGUGAGAUGAUCAAGAAUGCCUCAAAAAAUUAUUGCCAAGCUCUAAAAAAAGAGGGACGGGUAGAUUCUUGUGACGACGACAUUCAUUUGGGCAUUUCACUGGAAAACAUUGGAGUAACGACUUUUGGUAAUGUUGCCGAAUUUAUUUUGAUUGUUUGUUUUUGUGUGUCAAACUUUUACAUCAUCAGAAAGAUAUAGGAAUUUUGAUAAAGUUUGAAACCGCAAGAUAAUUUUGUUAUAACGUGGACUUUUUCGCGACAUUUUUUACACUUGACUUUGGAUAGGGAUUGCGGAAAUUUCAUAAGGGUUUCACAAGAUGUCAAAACUCAAGCUCAAAACUCUUCUGAAAAUUAAUGUCUAAGACUUUCUUUGGAGAAGUUAACAUACUUCUUCAAGCUUUUUGGAUAGUGCAAUAGUCACCUGGAAUUUUGUUUUUAAGGGUGCUCUCUCACGAGCCAGAUUUAUAGUGUGCCGAUCAGCUAAAAUUUGAUUUUUUCCACGCAUGCAAGUAUAUUAAUCAAUAAAAAAGGUAAAGAAACAAAACAAAUUGUGCAAGGAUGCCCAUCAUUACACUUUUUAAUAAUACUCUUCAGUAGGACAUGUGAUAACUUUCCGAGGGUUUUAGAACUGUUAACACAACUCUGAGUGAAAAACUUUCAUUUUCUGCUUUCUUUUAGGCUAUAGAUAUUUGACAAACGUGGAUGAGACAGAUUGUAGAGCUAUUUGUCUCUUAGAUGAGAAGUGCGUGGCAGUCCAGCAUUCUGCGCGGAGGGGGUGCAAGCUUCUCGACACGACAAAGGAUCUUACAGCGCUUAAAACGAAUUCCAAACUGGUGGUGUUCCUGUCGAGACUGCAACGAUUAAAGGAAAAUUUUGUUCUGAAAGAUCUCAAAGUCAAAGAAACUCAGCCACGCCGUGGCGAGAAGCAGGUCUCCAAUAUUUCUGAGUGUAUUUCCUUUUGUGGUGAAGAUGCAUUUUGUCAGGCGUUUGUGAUGUGCGACAAGAAAAUCGGUAGUUGGUGUGCUAACGCUAAAGGUAACUGCUUGCUGUACUCAAAGCAGAAAAUCACGGCUGUUGAAAUAAAUCAAUAUUCCGAGAUGCAUUACGUUUGGAAAAAUUACACUUUGGCUGAAGAGCCAAUAAUAAAGAAUCCGGUAUAAUUCUUUAUCAACUCAUAAAUGUAGUUGGCGCAAUAGGCUCUUCCACCGUUUCUUUUGCUGUUUUUUCUUGUUUCUGAUCUUUAUUCAACUUUUGAAUCAGGCUCGAUAGCGACACUAUGGAACAGAGCUUCCUCAAUUUGUAAAGUAAACAAUUUCGAGAGUAAUACCGAACUUAAGUAAAUAAACCCCUUCAGGCGGCUAGCGUGUUUGAAAAAAGAAUAUUUGGUCGAGAAGCGAAACUUUCAGCGUAAAUGUGAUAUUUUAAGACAAUCUCUCAGGCCAGGUACAUUAUUAGCCGACAAGCAAACCAGAAAGGGGAUUUAUUUGUUUUAUAACCCUCGCAUUAAUUUUCAUACUGCGCAAAAUCGCUCAUAAAAAACAAACAAACAAACAAACAAAAACCAUUGUUGAUCUUUUUGUGCUUUCUGGAACAGCAUUUACGACCAGCGUUUAAUGUCACACAUCACUGGAAUCUAAAAAACGAGAUUAUCUUUCCUCCACGUAACAGAUGACUAGUAAAAUUCUUGAGGUGGCUUUUUCCGCUGAAUUUGUUUCUUCAGGACAAAUAUCGACGCAAACGGGAGUUAUUGCGUGAUACCUGUCCGGUAACACACCACGAGACAUAAAGUAGCCAAUGAAAUCGCGCAAAAAUUAAUGGGCGGGUUAUAAAUAGAUACAUAAACAUAUGAAGAUAUAGCGCAGCGGCCGAAGUCAGGGAAUAAGUUGUAAGUUAGCUGUUAGAACAUUUUGGUCUCGGAAUCGCAACUGAUAUAGACUGAUUUUAAGACACAUCGUUAAAUUUAGGGUUUUAAGAAUAACCUACAUCAGGGUUAGUUUAGCACUUGCAAAUAGCUAAAACUGACGUUCAUGUCUAGCAAAAGUAAGAGAAUCUUGGGUAAACAUCAAAUGGCGCAGAAGUAGUUUUUAGCGCGAUUUAAACCUCCUUUCUCAUUUCCAUGUAAGCCAUGAAAGUGUGUACUACCUCAAGGGGUCUUGAAGCCGUCGUGUUCUGAAAUUGGGUAUAAAUUGCAAGAAUCAGGCGGUCCACCCUUGCCAAGAAUGAGAGGUUUACCCAUUCUCCCAUACGAGGAUCAAUUACCGUGUUGUUGAUCGUAAUAGCUGUACUACUUUGUAAACCAGUUACGGUAUUUUCAUUAUAUCAUUGUAUUUCUAAAGAAAUGUUAUGCAGUUUUGCACUGGAAGUAUUACGUUAGUAGUGUAAAUGAUAUCGGGCAGAAUACGUAGACAUAAUUAAUUAUUCAAAACCGAUAAAGCGGCAAAUUUGAUCGCAAAUUCGCUUUGAAGAGCCUUUGAUUGAAUGAUGGACCAUAAUUGGCCCACUAGGCUUUAUAAGGGCCUGUUUACAUGGAGGUGUAAGGACCCUAGGUAUGUGAGGUAACCAGCCUAGCCGUGGUCGAAAAAAAAACGCGUUUACAUGCAAUCUUACAACCCCGGGGUGCUGGGGUAAAGUUUCUUGAGGUUGUUGUUACACUUGCAGUUAAGGAGUUUGAGCAGAGUCGUCCUAAGCUAACAUCUCGAAAAAGACGGAAGAUUAAUUCUCGGACACAUAUUUUUUUAUUCAUGGAAGCGGCACGCGUUGUGUUACGCGGUGUUUAGUUUCGCGAGGAACCGUUGACCCUAUGCGGAAUAGUUUUUUGGAAACCAAAUAUGGUCGAUUUACAACGCUAAAAUAUUCCGAAAUGUGAACAUUUUACACUCCUUGUGUGUUUCUGGUGAUUUCUGCCAUGAGACGGCUAGGAAAUGUGCAAAGUUUUAAAACACACGUUUUGCUUUUGAGCUUUUUGCCAUGAACGCGACCUCGGCUAGGCGGGUUACCCCACCUUGACACGUUUACAUGGCAAAUUGUCACCCCGGCUGACAGGGUUACCCUACCUGGCAGACCGGGAAACCCACCUAGGCGGGUCACCCCACCUAUCAUGUAAACGUGAUCAAAAUAAAAUAAGAAAUUAUAUGGACAGGCGGGUUACCUCAACUACCUGGGGUCCCCCACCUCCAUGUAAACAGGCCCU